UUCAUAAAAUAUAUAAAAAAAUAAAAAAAUAGAGAGAAUUAGAUAGAUUUUGUAACACUUUAUAAAAGUUUUUUCACGUUUGUUAUAUACAUCAUUAAUUGGGAGAAACGAAUAAAAGCGAAAUCGAUCUUUAAAAUUGAAAUCGAAACAGAUUAGGAAAAGGAAUAUAAUGUAGAAUGAAUCGUAUAUUUAGAAAUGUUUUCUUAACUUUAUUUUAAAUCCAAUUUCCACAUACCUUUUCCUAUUUCCUAAUUCUUUCCAGUUUUAUAUUUCAUUUUAUAUAAAUACUCUUCGGGUCUUUCCAUAUUUCCUCACUCUCAAAUUCUGUGAAAGAUAACUCAAUACACCUAAAAACAAUACAUACGCCUUUCUUUUUUCUCCUUUUCAUUUUUUCCACAAGCAAACCCCAAGUUUUCAUCAACGAAACUGAUUACUGACGAUGGCACCUCGCUUCUCCUCCGGCGUCAAGGUCCUACCCGGUUUCGUUUUCGAUGGCUUUCUUAACGCUAUCGUCAGGCGUGGAUAUACGGCGGAACCAAUGGCAAUGGCAGCGUCAGAAAGAGCGACGACGUCUACACCGGCUGCGGGAGGAGUACUUCCGGCCACACGAAGCGAUGGAGUGAUCGUGGAGAAAGAAGAAUCAGAAAGGAGUACAGAGAAGGCCGCGGUGUGGAUACCCGACCCGGUUACCGGGUGUUAUCGACCGGAGAGCAACAUGGAUGAGAUGGACGCCGUGGAUCUUCGUGCUAAGCUAUUGAAGCCGAGAAGAAAUACAGUUAAUUGAACGAAGUUUGGAUGCGCCAUUGAUGAAGAGAGCCAUAGCUUGAGAUUUGAUCGUAAAGGAUUUAAAUAUAUGGAUAUCUUUUUCAAUUCUAGAUCAAUUAAAUAUUGAAGAUAUCAAUUAAUUUGAAAUAUCAUACCCUCAUUUAUCUUAUAUAUCAAUAUGAUCUUGCACAUAUUGUUUUCAUUUUAUUGCUUUUAAAGCAUUUUCAAUGCAACAA